CUUUCCAGAAACCAAAAUGCCGGAAAGCACAAGCGUGAAGGAUGAUGAAUCGCUGAAGCUGGCCAUAGCCAUCUCCCUUCUUCGAUCAAAGGCCCAACAAGAGAAGAGGAAGGAGCCAAAUACGCUCGAUCCUUCACAAUCUGAUGCUCUCCGCUGGAAGCAAAAGGCGAAGGAGAGGAAACAAGAGCUUUUGAGGCUUAGAGAAGAUCUAAAGGAAGCGCAAGAUGCUUCGCAGUGUGAACUGUUCCCAGAAAGUGCAUCUUGCAAGUGUUUAUUUCUUCGAAAAGUUGGGGAAUCGAGUGGUCAGAAAAUUGAGAAUAGCUCUGUCAGCAGAUUCAACGACGUCCUUCGCCGUCGAUUUCUCAGACAAGUGCGCUUUAAGGAAAGAAGUAGAAGAGUGAGCACUUCAAGUCAGCGAAGACCAACAUUUGGUUCAACAGUCGAGGAUGAAACAGAGCAGCUUAGGUCAUCCGUUGAUUUUCUAUUGGAGCUCUGCGAGACCGUUUCACCCUAUUUUCUUCUUAUCCAUCUUGAAAUAUUGAACGUCUUUUCUGCAGCUUCAUUGAAGAAUCUUCUGUCAAUGAGAAGGAAUCUGGAACUUGUUGAAGGAAUUAUCAGCAACUUAGUUACGCGUUUAGUGAGGCAGAUGUGUUCUCCCUUGCAACCAGAUGGGUCUGAACGAGCUGGCCCUGAUGCACAGAUUUAUAUUCAGCAUUUGAUUCGAAAACUAGGAAUUGAGCCGUACAUUGGUCAGCGAGCAAUAUUUUCGGUUUCUCAGAGAAUUUCUGUGCUGGCAGAACGCUUGCUUUUCUCUGAUCCUUUUGAUGAUGGCUUUCCUGAUAUGCAUGAAUGUAUGUUCAUAAUGAUCCAGCUUAUCGAGUUUUUGGUGUCAGAUUACUUCUUAGAGUGGUCAAAAGCUGAAGAUUUAGACAACGUUCUCCUCGAAGAUUGGGUGACGUCAAUUCUGCAUGCAAGAAAGGCAUUAGAACUCUUGGAAAGCAGAAACGGACUUUAUGUUCUCUAUAUGGACCGACUCACAGGUGAAUUGGCAAAACGAGUGAGUCAGGCCUCAUCUCUUCAGAACUUUAAACCGGACAUCUUUAAUGCCUUGUUCGGUUAAGUAUGAUCUGUUGGCAAAUUGCAAGUAAUCAGCUAAAUCCUUUUCUAUUUCUUCUGUUCAUGCGAGUUAGUAUAAGGGUUUGCUGCUGUCACAUGCAACACCUUUUUUAUUUUCUCGUACUCAUCAAAAUUCAUUUUAGCAAAUUGUGUUAUGCCUGAUAUUGCACCUAUGAGGUAGAUUGGAUUACUGGGGAUGGAAUUGCUAUUUUAUGUAGACUUUUCCCCCAAAAAAAUA